AUGAUAAAAGGAAACAUUUACCUUUUAACAUAUUUUAUAAUAAUAAAUUUUAUUCUUUGUACAAAUAUUCAGAGCAUAAGUAGUAAAACAAAAAACGUUCCCUUACUUCCUUUUUUCUUCACCUUACCUUAUACCAAGCGUAUAAAAAGAAGUGCCUUGCAGUCAAAAAGGGAUUGUACCUUUUUUACAGGAAUUAAGCCCAGCGGAAAUAUACAUCUUGGAAAUUACAUUGGAUGCUUACAUCCAAUCAUAAACGUUGAAGCUACAAAGAAAUGUUCAAACAACCUAUCUAAUAAAAAUGAGAGUGUUAUAAAAUUAAAUAAAAUUAUACUUAUUGCGGAUCUUCAUUGUUUAACUAAGCUAAGCAAUAUUUAUUCUUUGAAGGAUAAGGUUACUGAUUCUGUAAAAAUCAUAAUGUCCUUAAUAAUAGAUAUGUAUAAGAAAAAACAAAGUUACCUAGAUGUUUAUAUUAAUAAUGUCAAAUUAGAAGAUAUAUUACAAUUAAUAGAAAACAAGGAACCAAAUAAAUCAAACCCCAACAACGACAAUAAUAAUAAUUAUAAUAAUAAUUAUAAUAAUAAUAAUAAUUUGUAUGAAGAGAUCGCGUCAUAUACAUCAGAAUUUCAUAAUCACAUAAAAACAGAUAACCUCGGAGAUGAUAUGAAUUGUGUAGAAUUCCCAUCGCAAGAAUGUCAUGAUCAUAAAAGCAAACCUAUUAAACAAAAACAUUAUUUUUAUAUUUUUAAACAAUCAGAUAUAAAAUUACAUACGUCUUUAUAUUAUUUAAUAAAUUCUUUUACAUCCAUAAAUAUGUUAAAUUCACAUAUACAUAUAAAAAUGGGUGGUCAAAAUAAAUCAGUAGCUUUAUUUUCUUAUCCAAGUUUAAUGCUUGCCGAUAUUUUAUUAUAUAAACCAACCUAUUUAAUUAUAGGACAAGAUCAAAUAAAAAAUAUGGAAAUAAUGAAAAAAUUAUGUAGAAAAAUAAAUUAUCAUUUUUCGAAUGUUGCCAAAUUACCAAAAAUAUUUUUUUCUAAAUUUUAUUCAGAAGUUAUGAAUUUAGAUGGUCAUAAAAAAAUGAGUAAAAAUCAUUUAUUACAUCAUGAUAAGGAUACAUCCAAAAUUAUUUAUCUUCUAGAUAAUAAAAAAACAAUAGAAAAUAAAAUUAAAAAGAGUAAAACAGAUAAUUACAAUAUAUUAAUAUAUGGUCAAGAAGAUAGAAAAGAAAUAAAUAACCUUAUAAAUAUUUUCUUCUUUUUUUAUUACCAUCAAAUAAAAAAUAAACGAUACAUAAACAGAACUUUUAAUAAUAAUGAAAAUGGCAAUAAUGAAAAUGGCAAUAAUGAAAAUGGCAAUAAUGAAAAUGGCAAUAAUGAAAAUGGCAAUAAUGAAAAUGGCAAUAAUGAAAAUGGCAAUAAUGAAAAUGACAAUAAUAAAAAUGACAAGAAUCAAAAUGACAAGAAUCAAAAUGACAAUUAUCAAAAUGACAAGAAUCAAAAUCAGAAUCUUAAUAUUUCAAAAUUAUCAUAUAUUUAUGAUGAACACCAAUUAUUUAGAAAUAUUCAAUAUGCACAUAAUUAUUUAAACGAUUUUACAAAUAAUCCUAAUUUCUCUCAUUAUAAACAAAAUAAUAUAAAUCCACAUUUUAAUCAAAACAUAAUAAAUAAGAUAUUACAAUCAUAUAAUAAUAAUUAUUCAAAGUUUAAAUAUGAUUUGUCAGAAUUAAUAUAUAAUCACUUUGUUACAACCAAAAUGUAUUAUAAUUCUUUUAAUUCUAGACAUGAUAUAAUUCAUACUAUUUUACAAAAUGGGAAAAAAUGUGUACAUAGAAGGGCAUCUCAAAUGUACAAGGUCAUCAAGAAGAAAUUAAAUAUAUAG